AUGAUUAAAGAGAAAGAGAUCAGUGACCUGCUAUGCCGCUUGGAUGCACACAAGUCUAUGGGACCGGAUGGGCUACACCCAAAAGUGCUGAAAGAGUUGGCAGAUGUGCUCGCCAAACCGCUUUCCAUCAUUUACAGGAAGUCAUGGCUAACUGGGGAGGUCCCAGUGGACUGGAGGGUGGCAAAUGUAACACCCAUCUACAAGAAAGGCAAAAAGGAGGAUCCAGGAAAAAAUGAAGAUGUUGUUAUAGACCCCAAAGCACAGUCUCCUUCUGUUAGGCUCAGCGAGGGCUGGCUGCUCCCAGGGGAUGGAGAGCUGGGGGCAAAGGGUGAUGCCAUCUCAGGCCAUGGCCUCUCCGAGGGGAGCAGCCCCACAGGGCGGGCAGAGCUGGGUGUUGGUAACAGUGUUAUCAACAGCCCCAGGCAUGGCCCAUCAGCCCAUCAGGGGCCCAUGUCCACAAAGCCGGGGGAGCACGCAGUCCUGAAGGCAGAUGGGAGCCCAGAUAAAGGACUCGGAGGGAGGGACGGCCUGUCCCAGGAGAACCUCAGCCCCACUGUCCAGCUAUCAGAACCAUCAAGGAAGAAUGUGUGUCAGUUGUUGGUAUGCAAAAGGAUAACUAAAUACCAGAGCCCAGGAGAGAAGCUUAAGAAAAAUUUGGAAGGUGACUCUGAAUUGUCCUUGGAAGUGACUCGCAUUGCUAUUUUUUUUUUUGUCUUUCAGAACAAUGGGUCACUUGCUUGGUGCCAGAAUCAUAAACAGUGUUCAAAGUGCCUGGAGCCCUGCAAAGAGUCCUGGGACCUGAAGAAAAACCAUUGCCAAAGCUUCUGUGAGCCUCUUUUCCCCAAGAAGAAUUAUGAAUGCCUAACUAGCUGUGAAUUCCUUAAGUACAUCCUGUCUGUGAAGCAAGGGGACUGCCCAGCACCUGAGAAGGCCAGUGGUUUUGCAGCUGCCUGUGUUGAAAGCUGUGAAGCUGAUAGUGAAUGUUCCGGAGUGAAGAAAUGCUGUUCCAAUGGAUGUGGUCAUACGUGCCAAGUUCCAAAAAAUCUGUACAAAGGUGUUCCACUGAAACCCCGGAAAGAAUUAAAAUUCAUAGAACUUCAGUCUGGAGACCUGGAGGUGAAGUGGUCUUCAAAAUUCAAUAUUUCCAUUGAGCCUGUGAUCUAUGUUGUUCAGAGGAGGUGGAAUCAAGGAAUCCAUCCAAGUGAAGAUGAUGCUACUAACUGGCAAACCGUGGCACAGACUACAGAUGAGCGGGUUCGGCUGCCAGACAUCCGAGCGAGCAGGUGGUACCAGUUCCGUGUGGCAGCUGUGAACGUGCACGGGACGAGAGGCUUCACGGCACCCAGCAAGCACUUCCGAUCCUCGAAAGAUCCGUCUGCUCCACCAGCUCCAUCUAACAUCAGAAUUGCCAAUAUCAGUGCAAACAAUGAUGGGAGUGUAAAUGUAAUGAUUACCUGGGAUCUUCCAGAAGAGCCUGAUAUCCCAGUGCACCACUACAAAGUCUUCUGGAGCUGGACAUAUAGCAAAUAUGUAAUCCCAGCUAAAAAAAAGAGAAGAAAGAUUACCGAUGGGGCCCAAAAUUAUGUGGUCUUGGAGGGACUCCAACCCAACAGCAACUACAAUGUAGAACUGCAGGCAGUAACACGUUGGGGUCAGAUACGCCUAAAAAGUGCUAAGGUUUCUCUCCAUUUUAGCACAACUCAGGACACCAGGAAUAAUAAGGAACAGACAUCUUCUGCUGGGAAACCCCAGAAAGGACUGGUAGAUCCUUACCCAACAUUUCAAAGAAGAAAAACCACUCGUUUUCUUAAAAUUGGAACUCCUUUCUAUCAGGACAAUCAACUUCAGGUCAAAGUCUACUGGAAGAAGACGGAUAUCAGCAUGAAUCAAUUCCAAGUGCACUGGUUACUGGAGUCCUGUGCGCAUAAUGACACCAAAGGACUUGGGAAAGUAACUGAGCUGACUUACGAAAACUACAUGAUUCUGAAGGACCUGUCAUUUUCAUGCAAAUAUAAAGUAACUGUUUUGCCUGCAAAAUCUAAAGGUCGUUUUAAGGCUGAGAGUAUUUUCUUUGUUACCCCACCUUGCUCUGCAUUUAAAGAAAAAAACCACAAGCACAUUAAUUGUCCGGCUGAAGGAGUGCCAGUUCUACCCAAAGUGUUGGCCAAACCCGAGAAUCUAUCUGCGUCUUUCAUUGUCCAGGAAGGUAACAUCACUGGUCAUUUUUCCUGGAAGAUAUCUAAGGCAGACCUUCACCAGCCCAUGACAGGGUUUCAAGUCACUUGGGCAGAAGUAACCACAGAAAGCCGGCAGAACAGCUUACCCAACAGCAUCAUUUCGCAGUCACAGAUACUGCCAGCAGAUCAUUAUGUACUUACUGUGCCCAAUCUGAGGCCAUCGAUGCUGUACCGCUUGGAAGUUCAAGUGCUGACAACUGGUGGGGAAGGGCCAGCUACGAUAAAAUCGUUCCGAACACCCGACCUGCCUCCAUUUUCACCCCACAGACCUCAUCUGAAGCAACAUCAUCCGCAUCACUACAAGCCACCCCCAGAGAAAUACUAGACUGUUUCAGAUGAUUAUGCAAAUAACUGAGAGAAAAACUGAGCUCCCAAAUGGAGGCUAGGAAAAGGCACAUCUGUAGGAGCAAUGAACCCGGUUUUCCAGUGGAAGUUACCAUCCUGUACAAUCUGUAUCUACUUCUCUGUAGUUUAGCCAUGCUGAAUUAUAGUUGCACCAAGGCCAGGAUGAAACAUACAGCAAGUAUCAUUUGAGUACCA